GAUGGAGAUGCUCUGAAACUUUUUGUUACAUAUGAAAAUUUUACGAUUUGAAUAUCUACAUAUGGACGCUAUCAUAUUAAAAAUUUACAAUCAUCGUUCGUGCGGGCCAAUUUGCAAUUUCCCCAAAAUAGAAUGCGUUAGUUCCAUUUCUUAUCUCCCAAGGACCAAAAAUUAAUAUGCAAGUUCUGCGAACGACGCCGUACUAGCACUCCGCAAAGUCGGAUCGGGAAUAUUUCAAGCACAAAACAGAAAACACCACUCCACUCCUCUCUCUCUCUCUAAACCAUAAUGCCGCCGUUCAAGCCAUUCGCGACCGCCGCGAACACUCUCCGGGCCCGCCUCACCCCGUCGAUUCGCACCCGUGGCGGAGGAGGCGGGCCGAGCCGCUGGACCACUCCGGGCCACGAGGAGCGGCCGAAAGGUUUCGCCUUCAACCGGACGCCGCUGCCAGCGGGGGAGUCGCGAAAGUGGGAGGACUGGGAGCUUCCGUGCUACAUCACUAGCUUCCUCACCAUCGUCAUUCUCGGAGUGGGCCUCAGCGCGAAGCCCGAUCUCACGAUCGAGACCUGGGCCCACCAGAAAGCCCUAGAACGGCUCGAAUUGGAAGCGUCGCAGCGUGCUGAUUCUGAUUGAAGGUAUUAUCUUCUAUUUGCUUUUCCUUUUUCUUUUCCCCUCUUCCCAACGAGGGAUGUGGCGACGGAGGGACCUUCGUGCAUCAUAAGGUUUUGUGCAGCUGAACUGUUUGGAAUAAAUGUAAUUGACUGACUGGCUUUUGCUGUUGGAGUUUUAGACAGUGUUGUUUUCGGGUGCUAUCAAUAUACGGGAUUUUCAGGGUUUUAA